CCGUCACCAGCAGCAGCCUUCUUCUCCCCUUACUCCCCUCCCCCCAUCAUUUCCCCAAAGGCCGAAAUUCAUACAUACAAAACACAAUGCCUCAUUUUAAUUCUAAAUAAAUAAAUAAAUAAAAAUUCAGUAAAUAAAUAAAUAAAUUUGGAAAAAAAGAGAGAAACCCCCGUUCUGCGUUUCUCUAACAUGCGCCACAUGCUAUUCGCCACCAUCACCACCACCAUGCCCUCCUCAGCCGCCGCCACGUCAUCGUCCUCCCCAACCCCCAAACCCAAAUCCUCAAACCCUAACCCUAACGGAAACCCUAAUUGCACCCUCCUCUGCAAGCACUCGCCUUCUGCAACCCUCGACCUCCUAAUCCUCAUCCUCGUCCUCUUCUCCGGGACCUUCCUCAUCACCUCCUACUUCUCCUACAUCUUCAAUUCCCUCUCUCUCCUCCUCUCUCACUCUAGCAUUCACCUCCACCACAUUCCGGUCCCUUAUGUCGUCGGCUUCGUCGCUUUUUUUGCCGUCGCGCUGUUCAUAGUCGAGUUUUGCUGUGGCACUAGAUCGAGAAAGUGCGACAGGCCUGGGUGCAAGGGUUUGAAGAAAGCCAUGGAAUUCGAUUUGCAAUUGCAGACCGAGGAGUGUGUGAAGACCGGGUCGAAAGAUAUCGAUAAGCUGCCGUGGAAGGGCGGGAGCGAGGGCAAUCCCGAUUACGAGUGUCUCAGGUCUGAGCUGAGGAAGAUGGCGGCCCCCAAUGGCCGCGCCGUUCUGCUGUUUCGGGCGCGAUGCGGGUGCCCCGUGGCCAAGCUCGAAGGUUGGGGUCCCAAGCGAGGGCGCCGGCAUAAGAAGGCUCUUGCCAGUAUGGUUCCUAAUGGAGGAGACAAUCGCUGAUUGUUCGGGAUGCUUUCGCCACCAGAGCUCCCUUUACAUGUUCUAUCAUUUACCUGUUAGAUUAUAGAUGUUCUUUUUUUUCUUUUUGUCUGUACUUCACCCUCAAUCGAAACAAUUCUUUUUCUUUGAGCAUA